CAGCUGAUGUGUUCGACAUUGUAGAGAUAUCAACGUCGGUGCCAAUGAUCAAUGUGAAACAGGCCAGACAGUUCUUGGAAGGAUUUAAAGGAUGCCCAUUGCCGCUCGACUCAUCGCGUUAUGUAAUGCGUGAUUGAGCGGACAUGAACGCAGAGGGUAAGGUACAGAUGGGGGCUUACGGAUAGCACAGGCAUCGGAGACUGCUGAAAAGGCCAUCUGUCUCGCCCUCGAACAGAACAGCCGUAUCGGAUAUGAUGAGUGUGGUUCUGUCAACCGUUGGAGGUCACAGCCCAUUGGGCCACCAGUGCUGUUCAGAGCGCCUCGCGCGCUGUGAUGGAGACACACAUAGUUAAUCAUGAGACCUUGGCAUGCUUUUCGUUCUUUCAUCCUGUUGUGGACGUGUCCUUACCACCCCGCCCCCGGCCCGAGCCAUGAAACCACCACCACUCGUGUGCUCACGGCCGAGGACUUCUUCAUCAAUGUCGCCACAAAAAAUCUUGAGGACAAGGUGGCUGCCGCCGGUAGGACUAACUCUCCACGGAUGGCCAGAAGGGUAUAUCUCUAAUCUCCAGCUUUGAACAUCAUAUCGGUACCGAUGAUUUCGAGUUGACAAGGGGACACGUAUCGGACUCUGU